CAGUUUCAGAGCAACAGAGAAUGGAGUCCUCCUCAAAAUCCAAACGCCUUUUAUUUGACCGCCGUUACGGUUGGGUAAUUGAUGAAUGGAAAGACCCAUCGGAGGAAGCUCUGGCCGGUGGCCGUGGAAUGUUUUGUAUACUGCCUCUAGUAAAAGCUGCUGUAGAGAUGGCUUCACAGUCGAUUAAUCUUGCAGCAAGCUCAGCAGUAAAAGCUUUUGAGAAGCCAGAACUAAUUUCACAUCAGCAACUGCAUGCUAGUCUGAAUGAUCAGCUACACAAAAUCACGUCUACUUUGCCAAAGCCAGACUUGAAUUUGAUACUUAAAGGAAAGUUUUCCCAAGCUGCCAGUUCCUCAUCUUCGAGCAAACAACCGGAAAGCAAUAAUCCUUAGAUGAUUUAGAUUGUUUUCAUUUCUCUAAAUCAUUGAUCGUACUGUACUUCUUGCAUGAUAUUUGAGGUUGUAACAACAUUGUAUAUUAAGCAUUCGAGCAAAUGACAUGUCCCUUCCCAUAGCCUUGGCAGUGAUGCUGAAGGUGUUAUCAUUUA